GGUUUCAGCACAAGCUGUGCAAUGUAUAAAAAGGGAAAAGGGUCGAUGUUGAUGAGAUGUAUCUGAGAUAACCAUGACCAUGGGGAGGAUCAUUUUCUAUGAAGACCGGAACUUCCAGGGUCGCUCCUAUGAAACCAGCAGUGACUGCCCAGAGCUGACGUCCUACCUUAGCAGGUGUAACUCCUGCAGGGUGGAGAGUGGCCUCUUCAUGGUCUAUGAGAAGUCCAACUUCAUGGGCCAUCAGAUGCUGGUGAGGAGAGGAGAAUACCCAGACAACCAGCGCCUGAUGGGAAUGAGCAUGAGCGACUGCAUAAGAUCCAGUCGCAUAAUCCCCACGCACCGAGGCCCCUUCCGAAUGAGGAUCUACGAGAGGGAGAACUUCGGAGGCCAGAUGUACGAGCUGAGCGACGACUGCGACAACAUAAUGGAUCGUUUUCACAUGUCUGAUUGUCAGUCCUGCAACGUGAUGGACGGUCACUGGCUGAUGUUCGAGCAGCCCGGCUUCAGAGGCAGGAUGCUGUACCUCAGGCCAGGAGAGUACAGGAACCUCAGAGAGAUGGGGAGCAACAUCACAAAGUUCAGCUCCAUCAGGCGCAUUAUGGACUCCUGUUAACUCAAAAUCACACACUCCAAAUGUACUGUGAAUAAUAAUAAAGCAAGCUGAAAUCCCA